AUGCAGAGCGUCAUGAUCGUGCAAGAGCACUUCGAGGCUCGUCCCGACGACACCUUCCUCGUCACCUUCCCCAAGUGCGGCACCACCUGGCUCAAGGCCCUCGCCUUCACGGUGACGAACCGUUUCCGCCACGCCGUCGCCGGCGACGGCCACCCGCUGCUCAUCCGCCACCCUCAGGACCUUGUGCCCUUUCUCGAGGCGCCCUACCGCCAGCUCCACCCUCUCGCGGAUCUCGAUGAGCUCGCCUCCCCGAGGCUCCUCUCCACCCACAUGCCGCUCACGCUGCUGCCUCCGUGCAUGUCCAGCCUCGGUUGCCGGGUCGUGUACCUAUGCCACGAUCCCAAGGAUGUGUUCGUGUCGUUAUGGCAGUUCAUCAGCAAGGUAAAUGCGGACUAUGCCAUGGACAAAGCAUUUGAGUUGUUUUCCGAUGGUGUGUGCCCAUAUGGGCCUAUCUGGGAACACAACCUUGGGUUCUGGAAGAAAAGCAUAGCAAAGAGCGACAAAGUUCUUUUCUUGAAGUAUGACGAGAUGAUGGCCGAACCUGUCAAGCAUGUUCAGACGCUCGCCAAGUUCCUCCGUGUCCCCUUCACUGAGGAGGAGGUGAGCCACGGAGUCGUGGAGGAUGUCAUGCACCUGUGUAGCUUCGAUAAGCUCAGGAGCGUACCGGUGAACUCAUCGGGAGUCACUGAUAGGAUUGGUGGGGUGCCAAUGAAGAACUCUUCAUACUUUAGGACCGGAAAGGUUGGCGACUGGGAAAACCACUUGACGGAAGAGAUGGCAAAGAAGCUAGAUGCCAUUGUUGAGGAGAAGCUGAGAGGAUCAGGUCUCACGUUUUGGCAUACCGGUGUCAUGCUUAACUACGCGUGUGUUCGUGCAACCAAAAUAUGUGUGAAAAGCUAUGUACUUUGA